CACGCGACUGCCUCUGGUUUUGCAGAAGGCACCGAAGCCGGAAGUGCUACAGAUUCGGUCUGAAACGUUUAACCAAAGGUUCGCUGAUGGAGACGGGUCCAGCAGAGGUUCUGGCGGACAUGCAGAGCUUCGUCGACGAGCGGCUCACCUCCGCUUCCAAGGAGAUUUUAGCGUUUGUGGAAAAGAUCGUAGCCGCGUACGAGGCGGAGGCUUCGGGCUUCAGACGGGAGAUCAGCCUUCAGAGGAGGCAGCUGGAGCUGCUGCAGCCCCGGGCCUCCACCGGCACCGAGGGUUUACAGACAGACACGAACCAAGGAUCUGCUGAGGAAGAGGAGUCCCAUGAUCCUCUGAAGAGUCUGGACCCGACCGGUCCAUCCAGCUCUCCUCCACCUGCACUUCCAGCAGCUCACAGAAAACCCAGCAGACACCAGAGAACCAUAAACCUGCGAGUCCGUGUCCUGGAGGACAGCAGCAUCCGCGUCCUCUCUAAACAUGUGAUGAAGAAAAGUCCGGUGGUCUCUCUGAAAUGUCCUCCUGGACUGCAGGAGGCGGGCUUCCUUCACCUGUUGAGAUCUGCCGUCCCCCAGCUGGCUGGAGACAACAGACCCUUUGAUGUUCUGACAUCAGACAAGAGACGGGGACUUCAGCCUCUGGUGCUGCACACGGUGACUCCAGAGGAGAUCCAGAAGACCCUGAAGUCCUCAGGAUCGGUGAGGUCGACGGUCUACGUCCGUGUGAAGACUCAACCAGAACCUCAGGAGGAGAUUGAGGAGAUGGAGACGUGCGAGGACGCAGGACAGGCCAGCAGCCUCCUCCAGGAGGUCAGCAGCUGGGAGCGUGAAGCUGGCGGGGAGCUUCUACUGGCAGUAGAAGGGUCUGUGGCUCCCUCUGGUGGUGGGAGUGAAGAAGACAUGUGUGAUGUAAAGGGGGGAGACAGUGGAGGGGAAAGUGACAGCAGCGGGAGGCUAGACGGGAGGAUGAAACCACGUCUGAGGACCUCUGAGGAGACUAAAAACGGCUCCUCCACCCCUCAGGCGGAAGGCAGCCACUCUUUCACCGGGGAAGUCCGUGGAGAUGAGCCCAAAUCUGAGGAUCUGCCAGUCAAACACACCUGGAGCCAGCAGGAGGAGGUGGGAGGAGUGUGCGGAGAGUCCGUGGAGGUUCUGACGGAGCCUUUUCAGAGGGAGCACAGACCGGAUGACUGUCCCGUCUGUGGAGAGACCUUCACCAGUGUCCUCAGCCUGAACGAGCAUGUGGCGGCUCACUCAGGGGAGAAACCGCACCUGUGUGAAGUUUGCCACGCCACCUUUGCUUUGAAGGAGUCCCUGGAGGACCACCAGAGACUCCAUGAACCUGGCCACACGUGUCCCACCUGCCAGAAGGUGUUUGGGCUGGAGGUCCAGUUAAAGGCUCAUCUCACGAGCCACCACAAGCGUAAACUCUUCCUCUGUGGCGUCUGCGGGAGGUUCAUGUGCGACAAAAGAUCGUUAUCCCGCCACAAGAUGACGCACUCCGCAGAGAGACCCCACAGCUGUCAGACCUGUGGGAGGGGCUUCAAGCUGUCGACCACUCUGAGACAACACGAGAAGAUCCACACCAACAGGCAGAAGACCUACCUCUGUGACAUCUGCUGCAAGAUGUUCCACACCAGCAUGCAGCUCAGCAUCCACAUGAGGUCCCACACCAACGAGAAGCCCUACCACUGCGUCCAGUGUGGGAAGGGCUUCUCCACCAAGGACCCUCUGAAGAACCACAUGCGCAUCCACACGGGGGAGAAGCCCUACAGCUGUUCCCACUGCGGCUGGGCCUUCAAACGGAAGAGCAACCUAGACGAGCACCUGCGGACGCACACGGGGGCCAAACCGCACGUCUGCGGGAUCUGUGGGAAGAAGUGUGCUCGGAAAACCUACCUGAACAUCCACAUGAGGACCCACAACGGAGAGAGACCCUACCGGUGCACCGUGUGUGACAAGAGCUUCACUCAGAGCCACUGUCUGAAGUCCCACAUGAAGAGCCACCAGGCUGCUGGAGGCACCGGAGCCUCCUGAUCUCCUGCUGAGACUCAGGAGCUAGCUGGGAUAGUUUACAAACACCUGCUGGACCUGGUGUCUCCACGUCCUCGUUCCUUCAUUUAAACUGGACAAAUCAGGACUUCUAAAUAACUUCUAACAGGUGUGUGGUCUCAGCAACGGUCAUGUUUGCUUAUUUCAGACGAUCUUAAUGAGAUACUGGAGUUAACACCAGGACCAGACGGAGGAUUUAAACCUUUAUUGUCAGAGUUGGGCAAGUUACUUCCAAACUGUAAUGCAUUAUUUAUUACUUGUUACCCUCAUUUUAAAGUAAUUCAUUACAUUACAAUAUUACCGAUUUUAAAAUGUAAGGCAUUACACUACUUUUGCAUUACUCUAAGUUACUUUCACCGAUACAACUUCAGUAUGAAUCUGGUCAUGUGACGCUCAGUGAGCUCAUGACAUAUAUGUGGAAGGUGAUGUGGUGUCUGAGCUAGGACUGCUGUUAAAAGCAGUCAGAUAUAAUAACAGUGCUUUAAAAUGAUUGUUUAUUAAAUAAAAGCAACAACAAACUGUACUCUCAGCACGCUGCCAUCUUAGAUUACCUGAGCAGGGAGUGAGGUGGUGGGGGCUCCAAGCCUAUAUUUGCCCUGGUCCCCAAAUGCCUUGAUACGGCCCUGGAUGUGGGACUGACUUCUGGGGUGAUCUGAUUCUAUCACAUGUAUAAAUAUUAAAUGCUUAUAUAGAUUAUUGCUUUUCACUGGUAAAAAUGUGUAUUGGGGAUAAAUCUACCUACUUUUUUCUUUUCAAGCACUUUGUUUUGUUUUCUUGAUUUUAUUUGAAUAAUUUCCUGCCCUUUCUCUCUCUAACCUUCCUGCAUGCUGCAUAUUUUCUCCAUCUUCCAGAAAAACUGUUUCCUAGACUUCCUACUUUCUAACUAUCAGCCAAAGGGAUCUUCACAUGCGCGGCGCUCCAGCAGUAAUGAGUUGAAAUCACCGGAGCCCAGAUUAACUCAGCUGAGGCAAAGCACGUCAGAAAAGCACAAAAUACCAGAGAAUAUGCGCUGAUAUGAACGAUCGCAAGUGAAUUAUUUUGUUUUAGUGGAGCGAUUUGGUGAAUGUUACAGCGGCCGCGUGCAGGAUGCUGCUGGAGUAGUUGAGCCGUUACCGCGGCGUCCUCUCUGCCCGCAAAGCUGAGUCCAUAAAUGACGUAAUAUAUGCAGACACUGGAUCUUUCUUCGGGUUUCCCGCAAUUUGAAUUUUUAAGGAACACAUCUUGAUUCUGGGUUUAAAAAUGCAUUGUAAUUACCGCGUUACUGACAAUUGUACCGAGUAAAUAUUACCACUUUCUUUCCCUGUAAUGCCUUACAUUAGCACAUUACAGCAAAAAGCAAUGCAUUACAGUAAUUAAUUACUUUUGUACCGCAUUACUCCCGACACUGUUUAUUACCAUUCAUCACAAUUCCUUUAGUACUGAAAUAGUCUUAGUACCAAAGUUCCUUCUGUAGUUUAAAGGAGAAUAAACUCUUCAUGAAUGACCCACUAAAGACUUCCUGUUUAACUGGUCAUGUCUGAGUAAUCACUAGCUACUUCCUUUUUAUUAAAAGUUAAUGUUAUAAA